AUGGCAACAAUAUCUCUUUCUAUACUUGUUUCGUUGGCUUUCAUAUUCCAUUUUACCUUCGCCACCACUGCAUCUCUAAGCCUAGUGAUUAAACUCAUACAUUACGAAUCUGUAUUAUCUCCCUACAAUUCAGAAGACCCCAUUUGGGAUCAUUACUUGCAUAAAAAGAUAAAGCAAGUUUCUAAUAAUGACUAUACAUCCACUCUUGUUCCUAGCCCCAGAAAUGUUGUGUUCUUAAUGAAUUUCUCAAUAGGUGAACCACCUGUUCCACAACUUGCAGUCAUGGACACUGGCAGUAGCCUCACAUGGGUUAAGUGUCUCCCCUGCACAUUUUGUUCCCAGGAAUCUGUUCCAAUAUUUGAUCCUUCAAAAUCCUCCACUUAUGCUAACUUGACAUGCAGUGAAUGCAGCAAAUGUGAUGUGAAUGGUCAAUGCCCAUACAAUGCAGAGUAUGUUGGGAGUGGCUCAUCAGAAGGGAUCUAUGCCAGGGAACAAUUAACUUUAGAGACCCCAGAUGACAGCUUAGUAAGGGUGCCUACUAGUUUGAUAUUUGGCUGCGGUCGUAGGUUUAGCCUAUCAUCCAGUGGUUACCCUUACCAAGGAAUCAAUGGGGUGUUUGGACUUGGCAGUGGAAGUUUUUCUUUGGUACCUAGCUUUGGUAAGAAAUUCUCCUAUUGUAUUGGCAAUUUAAGAAAUACCAAUUAUAAGUAUAACCAUUUGGUAUUGGGGGAUAAAGCAAGUAUGCAAGGUGACUCAACAACUUUGAAUGUAAUCAAUGGUUUAUAUUACGUUAAUCUUGAAGGUUUAAGUAUAGGCGGGCGAAAGCUUGAUAUUGAUCCAAUUGUAUUUGAAAGAUCAACAAGAGAUAAUAACAGUGGAGUACUAAUUGACUCUGUAGCAGACCACACAUGGCUUACAAGAUAUGGAUUUGAAGUUCUCAGCUUUGAAGUUGAGAACCUCCUUCAGGGGGUUUUGACCCAAAAUAAGCACAACAGCUAUACAUUGUGCUAUAGUGGUGUGGCAAGCCGAGAUCUAAGUGGCUUUCCGGUGGUAACAUUCCAUUUUGCUGAGGGUGCUGUUUUGGAGUUGGACGAAACAAGUAUGUUUAUCCAGACCUCUGAUAAUGAAUUUUGCAUGGCUGUGCUUCCAGGAAACUAUUUUGGCGAUGACUAUGAAAGCUUUUCUUCUAUUGGAAUGUUGGCUCAACAGAAUUAUAACGUGGGUUAUGACUUGAAUGGGAUGCGGCUGCACUUUCAGAGGAUUGACUGUGAACUUCUUGAUGGGUGA